AUCAACUCUUUUGGAUCUGCAGACAACGAGAUCCGCUGACCAGGUUUCCCUACAUAUUUCAUCAAUGAUCGUAAUAGGUGAUGCAAUAAUUCUUGGCCAAGCAUGGUUCCAUGCUCAAGAACGUUAUGUUGCGCAGCCAUUCAAAUGUGUAUAUAAUAUCCUGUUGCAGCCAUUCUCAAUAUCGGCAUCAGAAUCAUCAAUACAACAGGCCACAAAAGCACAAACACUAACACUAACACGCACUAUUGACUCUCCCUUCAAUCCACUUUAAACACUCAUCUAUACCCAAUCUACCAUACAAUCUACCAUUCAAUAUGCCUCUCACACGAACUCACCGUCACACCGCGCCCCGUCGCUCCAUCUUUAGCACCCGUCGCCGUGCCCCGGCCCAUUCUCACCGUCAUACUACAACAACCACAACCACAACCAUGAAGCCCCGUCGCCGCGGCAUGUUUGGCGGCGGUGCCGGUCGACGAACUCAUGCCACGACCACUGCACCUGUUCAUCACCACCAGCGUCGACCUUCCAUGAAGGACAAGGUCAGCGGUGCCCUCCUCAAGCUCAAGGGUAGUUUGACUCGCCGACCUGGCGUCAAGGCUGCUGGCACUCGACGCAUGCGUGGCACCGAUGGUCGUGGUGCGCGCCACCACCGCUACUAAACAUCCCAAGUAACUUGUGAUGUUAAGUGGUCAUCAAGUGAAACGAGGAUACAGGAAAUCCUGGAAGUCGAACGGAGUAUGGAAUAACGGACAAUGAACUUAUACACAAACAUGUAUGAUUAUGAUAGCGAUGAUACCCUCUACUGGGAGUUGAGAAGAAUAGUAUGAUCUAUUAUACUGUUACAAACAAGCACAAAUCCGCAUCGCCGCCGCCGGUGA